UGCUUAUCAGCGGCCGACUACUAACAAACAGCAUUGUUUGGGUACAAGCCAAAGGACAAAACUGUACGGCACUGCAGGAGGAGGAGGGGAGGUGGGAAGCACUUGUAUAAAGUCAAAGGGCUGCACUUGUGGGGCCACAUUGACAGAGAGAGUCCAGAUUGAUGCCUCUGCGCUCCUGCGUCAAUCUCUGAGGACGAUCACCGAAACAUUUUGCAAAGGAGUGAUACAUUGGAUGCUUAUUUUUUUUCCCACUUCUGGAGGAUUAUUAAUUUUCUUGAGCGAUAUUUUGUUUUAGAAGAGCUCGGAGAAAUGGACAUGUACACUUUGAUUUCCGUGUUGUCAGUGAUGCACUCCUGGAUUGUGUGCACAGUGCUAUCAGCGCCAGCUGGAGAGACAACCACUGCCUCCACCGACACCCAGCGGCUCCAUGUGCGGACCAAACGCUGCUCCUGCAACACUUUCAUGGACAAGGAGUGCGUCUACUUCUGCCACCUGGACAUCAUUUGGGUCAACACACCUGAGCGCGUGGUCUCCUACGGACUGGGCAACGCUCCCAGAAGGAGGCGCGCGGUCGCGGACUCCAUGGCAACCAGCGGCGGACCUCGCUGCCAGUGUUUCCGCCAAAACGACAACACAUGUAGAAACUUCUGCCGGCUGGAAAACCACCUCAGGUAUGAACCAUCGCCAGACACGGUGAUCCCCUCUGCCGAGGGCGAUGCCUGUUCUGAGGCGCAGUGCAAACACAAGCUGGCAGCCGACACGGGCGCGAUUAAGAGGAUGAGGAACAGCAACAAGAAACGGGAGUCACCUCCAGCUAUAAGGGCUGCCUUGAAAACCCGUCUGCUGCUUGAGAAGUGGAGGGUGAGACAGCGCCACAGGGCGAGAGCAUGGGAGGCCGAGAGACCAGCCUCCUAAAGACGACAGAUAACCUCCGCACCUUGUCAUACAGAGGGGGAAAGGGUUUCAUACUGUAAGCCUUUCUCUAAAGCCAGUGGGGAGCCCUUUGGAAGGCAACAGAGAGCCUGAUUGGGUCCGGCAAACGUACUCCAUGUUGACUUUGUGGUUGCGGUGUCAGAGCAGAGAGCAUUUACAACUCGACUCGACGGUUGAACAUCAUGAGACAGAUGAACAAGGUCAGGGACAAUAUAGGGAGUACAGAUGAAAGAAGAUAAGCUGAACAGAGGACUUCACCUCGGUCUGCAAAAUCAAGGACAUUCAUUGAUCUUGUAGAUGUCACGGUCAGACCGUUUGGUCUAAAAGAAACAGACACCAAAUAGCAUUUCAAAAACUGGACAUUACUGGAAGGAUUUCACAUAAAUCCCUCUGUUACAGAAAAUAAAAUCACUGCCGUAUAUAGAUGAAGGCAGUCCUGCUUAUUAUAUUUCAAAAUGCCAUUAUUCCGUUGCAAAAACAGACUGUUAUGCCUACAUAGAAGGGAAUUGUGCCUUGCAUCAUUGCUUUACGCAGGACACUUUUUCACUGACUGAAACUAUUUACUGCAUUUUACGUAACAGAUUGUCUCCUGUAUGUCAGGUCAUUGUAGCUAUGCAGUACAGGAGCUGCUGGGAAUUUGUCAUGCUGACGUUAUCAUGGAUUUCUUUUUAUUUGUAAUAAUUUAAUUAUAUUUCACUGAAUGUGUUACGUAUGUGUUCUAUUUAUUUAUUAUUUUUACACAUUGUAAAUUGAUGACCAUAUUGGUCCCUCACAUGUUUGGGUUUGUCAUUUCUAUGAAAUGUUUUGUCACCAAGGUGCCAAAUUUUGGCCAAACAAAUAAAUUUUUACACUUAUUUAAAAA